GUUCAAUACUGUCAAACCCUAGCAGAAUACACCUAUUAAGCAUGCCCGACAAAAAAGUCCUCAUCAUCCUCAGCGACGCCGACUCCUUCCCGCUAAAGAAAACCAGCGGUCUAGAUGCCGGCCAAGUAGUUGACCAACCCACCGGCUUCUUCCUCAUGGAACUGGCCAAACCACUCCAGAAACUCCUCGAUUCCGGGUACGAAGUCACCUUCGCCUCUCCCAAGGGCCAAGAACCGACCCCCGAUCCCAACAGCGAAUCUCUCCUCGCCUUCGCGGGCAACUUCUACGAACGCCGGCGAGAGAACGACCUGAUUGAGCGCAUGAAGCGAGAGAACGGAUUCAGUCACCCACGGACUUUCAGUUCCAUUAGCGAUGAGGAGUUGGAAUCAUUUGCUGGCGUGUUUAUCCCUGGUGGACAUGCGCCGUUGAGAGAUCUUGGCGCUGAUAAGGAUCUCGGUCGCAUUUUGCGAUAUUUCCAUGCCAAGAGUCGUCCCACGGCUGCUAUUUGUCAUGGGCCGUUUGCGUUCUUGAGUACCAAGUAUGCUGGGGAUGGUGACUUUGCCUAUAAGGGGUAUAAGAUUACCUCUUGGAGUGAUGCUGAGGAGAGGGUGAUGGAGAUGGUGAUGGGUGGGGAGGUCGAGAAAGUCGAAUCCGACCUUCGCAAUGAAGGUGCCAUUAUGAUCGAAGGCGCGAAGGAGAAGAUUGGCAGCAUUACGGUCGAUCGUGAGCUUGUUACAGGCGCAAAUCCUACUGCUGCAAAUGCUUUAGGAGACCAGUUUUUGCAAAUGCUGAGUGUACAUUGAGUUGCUGAGUUAGGAUGAUUGUAUUGCGAACUGUAUAUUAGCAUCGCAUUUGAUGAGAUCCACCACUAUGACCUUUCAUGCUGUGCCAUUUGUUGGGUAUCCUUGUUUCAGCUGUUAUAG